AGAGAGAGAGAGAGAGAGAGAGAGAGAGAGAGAGAGAGAGAGAGAGAGAGAGCAGCCAUCAAGAAUAGGGGUUCCCACUUUUUAUUGAGGCCUGGUGACAUGAAGAACUCUACUGGGAUGCAGAACCCCACACCAAUCUGAUUGAAUGGCCCCCUAUGUAGCAGCCAUGACCUCGGAUCAGCUCCUGGGCCCGCAGAUAUGCAGUCCUAUAGGGGAAGUGAAGGUCUUGCCUGAGGAGGGACGAGGGGAGAAGUCUGCCCCCUGCCCCCAGGAAGUGAUGGACUGCUAUGGCCACGCCCCCUCAAUGACUCACAGCCCCAGCACCGACAGUCUGAGCAGGGAGGAGCCAUUCUGUCGUAUCUGCCACGAGGGAGGCGGUGUCGGGGAGCUGCUCUCCCCCUGUGAGUGUGCAGGGUCGCUGGCCAUGGUCCACCGGGGCUGCCUGGAACACUGGCUCACUGCCUCCAACAGCAGCCGCUGUGAACUCUGCCACCACCAGUACUCCCUGGAGAGACUGCCCAAGCCACUCACUGAGUGGCUGGGCUCGCCAGCCAUGCAGCACCAGAGACGGACGCUGUGUGGUGACGUCAUCUGCUUCCUGUUCAUCACGCCGUUGGCCAGCCUAUCAGGAUGGCUGUGUGUGCAGGGCGCCAUGGACUUGUAUUACAGUAACAGUAUGGAGGCUGUUGGACUCAUGGUGCUCACCCUGGCUCUCUUCACCAUCUACUGCUUCUGGACUGUGGUGUCACUGCGCUAUCACAUCCACCUGUUCAGGACGUGGAAACAGACAGACCAGAGAGUAAGGCUACAGAUCCCCCGACCGGCACGGACCAUGCACACACACCACACACUGAACCUCAGCUUCCUUAGCAAGGACACCAGAAAGGAGACUGUGGUGUAGCUGGAGUGGAACUGGGGGUAGUGUCCACGAUUCCUUGGCAAGAAAACUGUGAUGUAGCCGGAAUGGGACUGGGCCUAGUGUCACAUUUCCUCCAGGCCCCCAGUGUCCGGUCCGGAGCGUGAAGUCACAAACUCUGCUGGUCGGCUACUAAGUAGCAACUUAGUGGUGCCAAAAGCUCUGGUCUGCCCUAAAAAUCCUAUGUCAAUUACGAUCGACCAGAACGGCCAAACAUAUAUAUUUUUUACGCCCGUUUUGGACUCCAAAAUGUGUUUACUAUGAUCAAGUUCGAUCCCAAUGGUGAAUUAUUUUAAAGUUCGCUACAAAUCGAGAAAUGUAAUUAAAUAGUGAUCCAUUCUGACUACUACAUUUGUCGUCACACAGGAUCACGUGCUGACACAGACCAAUUAGGAGCUGGCAGGCUACGAGCAGGCUCUCUCAGGCAGGAUGAAAACGACUACAUCGACCAUGAUCCUUUGCUAGUUACAGCCACUUUCACCAUGAUCCUUAGUGAUUCUUUGGUGCCAUUCAGCAAUAUGGCGCGCUUCAAAUUCAAAUACUUCCGGCUUCAUGCGCCAUUGGAGGUUUUUCAUAGGAAUACGUGGAUGACGUCAGCGCUAUCACUAUCUAAUGGUUUUAAUGUCUAUGGUUUCCUGGGCAAGGACACUGUGGUGUAGUUGGAGUGGGACUCGUCCCAGUAUCCACUGUAUGCUUCUUCAGCAAGGAGACAAUGACAUGAGCAAGGAGCUUGUGGUGUAGCUGGAUUGAAACCAGGCCAGAUCUCCCUAAGGAUACAGUGUUGUUGCUAUAAUGGGACUGGGCCCAGUCCUCAUGCUGCUUCAGAAAGGAUACAAGGUUAAUUUCUAUUAGAAACAGGCCCCGUCUCUACAGUUUUUAACAAAGACUUGGAUGAAGAAGACCAAGGAACCUUCAGAGGACCUAACCUUUCUCUGUGAAGAACACUUUUUAUAUAUUUAUAGACCUUUUGGAGUCUUACUCAGUGAACUUAACUAUUUUUCUUUUACUGUAUUGUAAAAGAGUGAUGAGAUUAAUGACAAUUAAAUGGAUGUCCACUCCCAACUUAUGUAGGGCCCAGAGUUUUUCCCCAACCUUAUUCCCUAUGAAAAAAACUAUUGGAUCCUUGUUAUGCGAGUCUAGAAUGACUAGUUAGCGUUCACUAUACCAGCUUUGCUACACCUGCAAAGAACAACCUUAGUUAGACUUGCAAUAAUGAUCUUAAAAGGACAUUUCACUCAAACAAACGUUUGUUAGAUAUUCAGUUAUAUUCCUCAUUCCCAAAUGAAAUGGAAAAGAUUAACACUGUAUAAUUUUGUGGUUUUCGUCUGUGCUUCUAAACAACCAAUGUUGUGGGACGUGGCUUCAUUUUUUACAUUAGACUACUUUGAGGUUUGAAAACAUCUGACAAACUUUGAUUUGAAAGUGUAAUGUCUCUUUAACAGUGACAAUCUUGAAAACAAUCUUUCAUGAGGACCACAAAGUCAGAAAUGUUGCUUUGACGAUCGGUGGUGUUGCUAUGUCGUUAUUUGUACAAAUCUUUAGUACCACUUUACACAAAGUUGCUGUCACUAGAAACACUGUGGCUAAUUACUGUUGUAAUAUCACUACUAGAGUAACUUCAGCGUUACUAGAUAGGUAUAAGAGAACAAUUUUAUGUAAAGAGUUAUCCAUUGUUUUUCCAGGCACAGGCUAUACCAAACUACACCAACAAUAAACCAAACACUUACAUUA